CCAAGAAUAAAUUCGUGAUUUUAUGGGGAGUUUCACACUGUCCUGGGGUUUGCUGUCGCAGUUGCUGCUAUUUCAUUUCAUAUUGACAAGGAUUUAUCCCCCAACAUGAAGCAUAUAUUCUUAUUAAUUAGCAUCUGUUUGUUCGUUGGUUGUGCUUCGGAUGUUAUAAGAGCAAGAAAAGUGUCUGCAGUGUUCUGUUCUUUCAAAGAGAAAACAUACAGUCCUGGAGACAGCUGGCAUCCUUAUCUGGAACCCUUUGGUUUCAUGUUUUGUAUGCGGUGUUCCUGCACUGAGACAGGCCAUGUGAAAUGUAACACAAUUAAGUGUCCUACUCUGCGGUGUGACAACCCAGUGACUGACUCUCAGCAAUGCUGCCCUCGCUGUACAGAUGAGCCUAGGAUCCCAGCAGGCUUGAGAGCCCCAGUGAAGUCCUGCAGGUAUAAUGGAACGUUCUACCAACCAGGGGAGACCUUUGCCAACCAUGACCUCUUCCCAUCUCGACAAACCAACCAGUGUGUCAUGUGCACAUGUUCAAAUGGAAAUAUUUUCUGUGCCCUGAAAACUUGCCAGCCGCUGACCUGCUCCUCACCAGUCUCAUUCCCAGAUACCUGCUGUCUGGUGUGCAAAGAUGGUGGCAUUAAUGGGUACUCAUCAGUGGAGGAUGUAGGCCAACAGCUGAACCGAGGCGUUAGGCAUUCAGUGGACCAGUGUGCUGGAGAGCAGUUCCGAGGGCGGUCUGUCCGCUCUACUCCAUCCACUGUCAGGGGUACUCCCAGAGGCCUGAGCCUGCCCAAGCUCCACUUCAAAGGUGCUGCAGAGACCACUGUCAGGGGUACUCCCAGAGGCCUGAGCCUGCCCAAGCUCCACUUCAAAGGUGCUGCAGAGACCACUGUGAAUUUCCUGCUGCAGAAAAAGCACCAGAAGGCAUGUCAGUACAGCGGCAACACCUACUCUCAUGGUGAUGUGUGGCACCCAGUCCUGGGGAAGGUCCUGGAGUGCAUUUUGUGCAUCUGUAAGGAUGGCAUACAGGACUGCAAACGCCUCUCAUGUCCCAGCCAGUAUCCAUGCCAACAUCCCGUUAAAACCGUGGGGAAAUGCUGCAAGAUUUGUCCAGAACAUAAUGCUGAGAGCAACAGGACUGACUGUUACAUGAAUCUUGGACAUGACAAUAACAACCUCUUGGUGUACAAAGUUAAGCCAUCGUCAAAGGUUCACACAGAGGACACAGUUAGGAUAAUUGCUAUUGAAAGACAAGGGACUGCUGAAGUUGAAGUGCAAGUAUGGAAGACAGUAGGAGAAGUUUUACAAUUAAUGGAAACUGGGGAAGUUCUGAAGAAAGAUCUUCUAGAUAAUCCAGAUAACUACACUUUACUGGCGACAUUGGAUGAAGAGACUUGGAAAAGAUUCAAGGAGGAAGAAGACAACCAGAAGGAAUUUCCCAAGACCAGGACCUGUGAGGAUGGUAUCAGGGAGGUAGUGAAGUUCUUGUAUCCAGACCAGCUAGAAAGCCUGUGCUCUUCUUAACUCUCAUCCCCUGACUUUGACAUCAAUGGAAAAUGCACAGCAUUAAUGUGCAUUUCAUUAAACAUGAAACAUAGCACUGCUUAUUGGUUAUAGAAUAACAAGCUUUUGUUUAUUUUUUAAAUGUCAUCAUAACUCAUUACAAUGUGAUGUUCCAUAUUCUCAGUAACAAUUAGUCAGCAGAAUUGUCAACAUUGUCGGUAGCAUUUGGUAGUAGAAGAAACCAAAAUGGAAAAAAUACUUUCAAUGAAUUACAGUUGUUUUCUGGCAUACUGGAAUACAGUAAAAACAGUAUUAUCUAAAAAAUACAGGUGUACAUGUAUAUAAUAGAAAAAUACACUGGGCAAAUUAGACAGCCAUCUGGCAAUAACACCUUUAUAGAGUAGACCAUAUUUACAAUCACUUUACUGUUCUGCUAAAUACUGCUGUUUGAAAUUGUAUGCCUUUUCAGAAUGGACCGAGAAAUAUUCAUUAACAUAUUUAUUGUAAAUACAAAUAUGCUAACAGAUGUCAUUUUGAGGCAGAGCGUACAACAUUGGUUUGUUUGACAUGUUUGUUUGUACAUUCUGUAGACAUUUGAGUGUGUACUGGAAGGUCCUUGCCUGAGACGCCAUGGCUUUAGUUCAUUGGGCUAUACUGCCCUACCAAGCAAAAAGGCAGUAACUGCUCAUUUGGUUGAAAAUUGGUUAAUGUCAUUUUUCUACAUUAAAUACAUGCUUAAACAUGUGGACAAGUAUCCUGCCUCUAUUGUAUUGGGUUUUGGAGAAAAUGGGGGUCAUGUUAGCAGUUACUGCAUAAAGUUACUGUGAAACCAAGGUAAAUAAAAACCAUUUUUCUCAGUUCCACGCUCUGAGCAGUUACUGCCUUUUUGCUGGUAGGGCAGUGAACAUAUAGGGCUUUCCUCAGAAAAUGUGGGUUUGAUAUCUGGGCAUCGGUAUUGCCCUGCAACAGCAGUUGUAUCUAUUCUUUCAUAAGAGUGGCUACAUUGAUUUGCUGGAACUACUUUCUAUUAUGUUCUCUGAGGUGUUUAUCAUUAUGUUUGGCCAGUUUUCUACAGACUAAGUUUCCAUAGGAUUAUGUGUGAUUUCAGGACUUGAUGCAUCUUUCUUCCCUUUGCACAGUGGCAAGGCAUUCUUGCACGUGAUUGACAAGGCUAAAAGUUGGAGCCAACCAAAAAUAUGAUAUAGUUGAGCUCUACCUGAGGCAAGAAUUCCUGCACAAAUCAGGCUGUUGUUAUUCCUUGGACUACCCUCCAGUGAACCCAGUCAGACCAGGGGAAUUUCUCCUUUAUAAAUUGUGCCUGUAAUUUGGAUUUGUGCUCCAGUGCUAUAGUUUGUUUUCUCAAGGGUUGUAAUGGCCUAACAGGAUGAGCACAACAAUAGAGCUCUGUUAAUUUGAUAUAAAUGUAGGUCAUGAGUUGGAAGGACACCAACAUUUUCCAAUACAGAGAACUGAAGAAGAAGAGAGGGCUCAGGGAGGAAUAAUAUUGAAAAAUAAGAAUACUGUUGAUGGAGGACCCAGUCUUUAAAAAAAGGUAUAGAGCAUGGUUUCCCAAACUCAGUGUUGCCCCUCAGGUGCACAUUUGGGUCUUUGCCCUAGCGCUACACAGUUGAUUCAAAUAGCAAACUCAUCAUCAAGCUUUGAUGAUUUGAAUCAGCUGUGUAGUGCUAGGGCAAAAACCUAAACGUACACCCAGGGGGGGCCCAAGGACCAGGUUUGGAACACACUGGGAUGGAGCACAACAGUAACAUGCUUGCCAAAUAGUUAGACACAAUUAGAUGAUUUGCCGUAUGUAUAAUACACCAAACCCAAGAAAAAUAAAUCCUUGGUCUUUAAAAAUGUA